AUGCCUUAUCCUGAUCACGAGGCUUUGUCUUCUGCAAACAAUCUUCUAAUUAGCGAGGAGCUGUCUUAUGACAUAACAAAUCUACAAACUGAGUUUGAUUGUUUGUUAAAUUCGUUAACAGAUGAACAACGAAUGGUUUUUGAUGAAAUCAUUACAGCCGUUGACGGCAACACAGGUGGAGUUUUUUUUGUUUAUGGUUACGGUGGAACUGGUAAGACAUUUCUUUGGAAGACAUUAUCAGCAUCUAUCAGAUCAAAAGGUGAGAUAGUUUUAAAUGUAGCAUCAAGCGGAAUAGCAUCAUUGUUAUUGACCGGAGGUAGGACAGCUCACUCUAGAUUUCUAAUUCCAAUCAAUCUUAACGAGGAUUCUCUUUGUCAUAUAAAACCGGGUGGUGAUGUUGCACAUUUAUUAAAGGAAACAAAGUUGAUUAUAUGGGAUGAGGCGCCAAUGGUUCAUAAACAUGCAUUUGAAGCUUUGGAUAGAACCAUGAAAGACAUUUUUAGUUCGGGUACUUCUAUCAAUGAAGAAAUACCUUUCGGAGGUAAAGUUAUUGUUUUUGGUGGUGAUUUUCGACAAAUUCUUCCUGUUAUCCCCAAUGGUAGUAGACAAGAAAUUGUUAAUGCUUCUCUAAGCUCUUCUUACCUCUGGAGAAAAUGCAAGUUGCUUAAAUUAACAAAGAACAUGAGGCUAACCGUAGGAAGCCAGACAUCUGAUACGGAACAAACAAAAAAUUUUGCUCAUUGGCUUUUGGAUUUGGGUGAGGGAAAAGUUGGUGAUACAAAUGAUGGUGAUGCAUGUAUAGAGAUACCGGACGAUCUUCUAAUCAAGGACUCAUCUGAUCCUAUCAAAAUUGUUCAAGAAAUCAAUGAUCGCUUGCUUUCAAUGUUUCCUGGCGAAGAAAGAGAAUACCUAAGCUCAGAUAGUAUUUUACAGACCGAACAUAUUAAUGAUCCAUUACAAGAACGCUUAUACUCUCCUGAUGUUCUCAACGGUCUUAAAAUAUCCGGAUUGCCAAACCAUAGGUUAGUUUUGAAGGUCGGUGUUCCUGUAAUGCUGUUAAGAAAUAUUGACCAAAGAAGUGGUUUGUGUAAUGGGACGAGACUACAAAUACUAUCACUUCACAAGCGGGUUAUAGAAGCUAAAAUCAUAUCUGGAGGUAAUAUUGGAACUCGGGCUUUCAUUCCAAGAAUUAGUUUGAUACCUUCGGACAGAAGGAUUCCUUUCAAGUUCCAGAGAAGACAAUUUCCAUUAUCAGUAUGUUUUGCGAUGACUAUUAAUAAAAGCCAGGGACAAUCAUUAUCUCGAAUUGGGUUGUUUCUAAAAGAUCCGGUUUUCACGCAUGGACAAUUGUAUGUGGCGUUAUCAAGAGUUAAAAGCAGAGAUGGAGUUAAAGUGCUUAUAUUAGAUGAAGAUGGUCGUGUCACGAAUAAAACAACAAAUGUGGUAUACAAAGAAGUGUUUAGAGAUUUAUGA